UUGCGAAUCAGAGGAAGCAGAAGAAGACGGAAAAAGACCAGAGAACUCGAACACGAACACCAGCUACUCUUCUCUCUCUUCACCGUCGCAAUUAGCAAUGCAAACGCUUCUUUUGCCGGCACCAUGCGCCGGCAAGUUCACGGCGGCGCCACCACCUGCAGUUCCUCAUUCAGUCUCCGCCGUCUCCGCCCAUCGUCUCUCUCGACCAUUUCUCCGGUCGAAUUCACUCCCCUCACUCCCUCUCAAAUUGACUCCUCCUUCUUCUUCCUCUUUCUGUUCCGUCACUUCUCAUCGACCACGGAAUCUUCCGUUCACCGUAACCGCUUCUUCCCAGGUGUCUCCAGCUUUCACUCCCUCCAACGGUGAAUCAGAAAAAGCCAAACUCGAUCAGGUGGCGAAGAGAUUGGAGAAGACAGCGAGGUAUUUCAAGCGUUUGGGUAGCUUAGGGUUUUGGGGUCAGCUAGUGUGCACGGUGAUCUCAGCCGUCAUUCUCUCGUUUUCGGUUGUUGUCACCGGGAAGGUAACAUCGCCGGCUACGUUUUAUGCUACUGCCGGUGGAAUAGUGGCUGGGUUCAUUUCUGUGUUCUGGUCCUUUGGCUAUAUUCGUCUCUCUGAGAAGCUUAGAAAAACUGCAAAUCAACCUACCAAGGCACCCCCUCGCGCUGAUGUGGUGAAAAGCUUGCAAAAUGGUAUUGUAGUGAACCUUCUGGGGAUGGGUGCUGCUAUCCUUGGGAUGCAAGCCACGGUUGGACUGUUAGUUGCAAAGGCUCUCACUUCCGCUGCCAAUCCAUAUUAUCAGGGAAUUGCUCCUGGUUCUAGCCCUGUUCUCGCAUUGGAUGUAUUUUUGGUGCAGGCUUCAGCGAAUACUAUUCUUUCACAUUUCCUUGGACUUGUUUUCUCACUGGAAUUAUUGAGAUCUGUCACAUUACCUCCCUCAGAAGCUCUUCCAUUUCCUAAGUUUGCGUAAGGCGUGCCUCAACACAUGUAGGAUGGAAUCACACACAAAAUUGUACCCUCAUUCAUAGUGGUUGUUUUCUUUAUGAACUGUGUUCAGCCUUGAUACCGCAUUGUAAGGCCCUGUUCUGAGGCGAUUGACAUUAUGUAUUUCCAAGUUGAAAAUAACCUAUACAAUAUUGUGAAUAAGAAUGGUAGCGCCUCAACAAUUCAAGAUCCUUAGGCAGAUGAUCACAAUUGCAUGAGUUUACUGCACUGCGUAGACUCUACAGUUUAUGUUUGGAUUCUAACGUUAUCAGUUGUUUCUUUCAUAGCUUGUCAACAGCAAGUGUGAACUGGAGAAAUUUCAAAACUCCACUUUGUAUUGAUUGUAUAAUAGAACUGUAUAAUGCAAUCUCCAUCUGGGUAUUUGUUUCUUUUUCAAAA